GAAAUGACUUCACUGACGAUUUUCAUUUUAUCCAUUGCAUGAUUUUCAUUGAAAGAAAUGACUUCUAAGAGAAUAGUUUCAAGUAUCCAAUCAGACAGAUUAUCGAAUCUACCCGAUACACUUCUGAUUAUUAUCAUCUCUUCCUUGUCCUUCAAGGAAUGUUUAAGUACCAGUGUACUCUCUACGAGGUGGAGGUACCUCUGUCGAGAGACAAGAAACAUUGCAUUUAAUGAAUCCGAGUAUGUCGACCACUCUGUAUCCGACAAAAAAUCUAAAAGGAUUUCGUUUGUUGGCUAUAUGAGUCAAUGGAUCUCUAGAUAUCAUGGUCGUUACAUUGAAAGCUUCGAGAUUUGUUUCUCCCUUCCAUUAGGCUUUAUGGCAGAGAUCAAGUCUUUGAUCGAAUUCGCAGUCUCAAGACAAGUCAAGAACCUGGUUAUUGAUUUCAAAGACCCUUCUUGGACAAUCAAUAGCAGUGCGUCUUGGUAUGCUUAUCUUGCUGUGAAAUUGCCUGUAUGCGUUUACAGUCUAACAACCCUCGAAUCACUGAAGAUUUACGCGUGCGGGUUUGAUCCCUCGAAAUUCACAAACUCGGGAUUGCCUAGAAAGCUCUCUAUUGGUUGGAUCCAAUUCACAGAGGCCGAGUCUUUGUUAUCAAACUCUCCUACGCUCAAGAGUCUAAGUAUUGAUUACUGCUGGAGUGUUGAUAUCAAAAACAUAGCCGGAGAUAUGAAAGAAGUUGUAGUCGAUAACUCCGACUUCUUCCCUAAAAAGGCUUGUUCCUUUGACCUGCCUAAUGUAGAGAUCUUCAAGUACUCAGGCUCAGUUCUUUCCUUCGAUGUCAAGAGAAUGAAUAGGAUAAUAAAAGAAGUCUACUUGGACUUCUUCUGCGCAGAGGGCGAAUACGCUAAACCGAAUCGAAGAACAAAAUUAGAUGGAACAGAUCUUUCUGGCUUCCUUAACAGUUUUCGAGGUGCGAGGACCUUAAGUGUCUGCCCUUAUCUCCUUCAGUCUAUCCAAGAAUGUGAAGAUCCGUCAAGUUUACUUCGUCCUAUGGAUACAGAGCAUUUGGUGCUGAGAACGAGGAUGCAUGUCAUGGAGUUUAAGGGGAUUAAGCUCCUUCUUGAUAAUUGCCCGAACCUAGAAACGCUAACUUUCGAUAUCAUCCGUCGAAGCAAGUUCUCGUACACUAAGUCAUAUUGUGGCAUCUGUCCAAAAACAUGUUGGCAAAAUAGCCUUACCUACAAGUCUCUUCCUAAGACACUUAAAGUGGUAGUGGUAAGGAAUUAUAGUGGUCUCUUUAAUGAGCUAAAUGUAUUGAAGUUUUUGAUUCAGUCCAGACGCGGGCAUGCGGAUGGGUCUAUGUUGGAAAGAGUGGAGCUUUACAUGCAUAAUAGUAUGGAGGAAAGUCAAAGGAUGUUGGCACAUGAGGGAGCCGAGAUGUUACAGAGUAUUUCAGGGGUUGUACAGGAAUGUGUAAGGACCAGUGCUCUCUCCAGGAAGUGGAGGUAUCUCUAUCAGGAGACCAAAAACCUUUCUUUUAGGGAAUCUGAUUUCGUGAGUCCUUAUAUCACUGAUGAAUAUUCAAGAUUUGCAGCUUGUGCUUCAUUUUUUAGAUUUGUGGAUAAUUGGCUCUCUAGAAUUCAAGAUCAAGUCGUCGAAAGCUUCGAGAUUUGUUUCUCCAAUCCGGUGGGUUUCGAGCAUAAGAUCGAGGCUCUGAUCGAAUACGCUGUCUCCAAACGAGUGAAGAAUUUAGUUAUCGAUUUGUCAAACCCCGCUUGGAGAAACUAUAAUGAUAUAUCAUCAGUCUGUGUAUCAUAUCUUCAUUUUAUUGUUACAUUGCCCAAAAGCGUUUACAGUCUAACAACCCUUGAGUCACUGAAGAUUUACGGGUGCAAGUUUGAUCCUUCGAGAUUCACAAACCCUGUAUUGCUAAGAAGACUCUCUAUUGGUUGGAUGAGACUUGAAAACCUUCAAUCUUUACUAUCAAAAGCUACUUCCCUCCUGAGUCUAAGUAUCAAAGAAUGCUGGGGCGUUGAUAUGACGUGGAUGGCCGGGCAGUUUAGAGAGCUAGUCCUUGAGAAUUUAGACUUCAGUUACAUGCAAUGUUCCUUUGAACUGCCUCGUAUACACAGCUUAAAGUACUCAGGCCAAGUUUUUGACUUUUACUUCGACACAAUGAAUGUGAUCAUACCAAAGGUCUACUUGGAUUUUGGAGAAGAGCGUGAGUAUGAUCAACCUACACAAUCAACAAGAAUAUCGGGUGAAGUUAUAUCUCGUAUGCUCAACGAUCUCAGAGCAGCUAGCACCUUAGCAGUUUGCCCUUAUAUCCUCCAGACUAUCCAAGAAUGUAAAAAGCCAUUUUAUAUGCUUCAACCUCUGGAAACUCGAGAUUUGGUGCUAAGAACGAAGAUGAGUACGAAGGAGUUGAAUGGAAUCAUUAUUCUUCUCAAGAACUGCCCAAACUUGGAGACUAUAAGUUUUGAUAUUCUUCCUUCAAGUCCUUUCCAGAGAACUUCGUCGUAUGAAGGCAUCGAUCCGAAAACGUAUUGGAUGCAGAACAGAACAUGUGAGAGUCUAAGGAAGACAUUGAAGGUCGUGGUGAUGAGGAACUUUGGUGGUUCCUCAAACGAGUUAAAUGUAUUGAGGUAUUUGAUUCGAUUAGCGAGCGGGGGUGGAAAUGCGUUGGAAAGGGUAGAGCUUUACGUGCCGAAUGGGAUGGAAGAAAGUCAAGCGAUGGUGGUAUUUGCUAAAGCGGAGAUGUUACAGAGAACUUCGAAGCAUGUACAAGUUCUUUGUGCACAACUCUUGGAAAAUUGACCUUUUCAAGAGAUUGUUCACUAGUGGGUUUUGUUUGCCCAUUUAGCUAUGGUUUUUGAAUUUUAUUUAUUGACAUUAAAGGAAGCAUGCUUCC